GGCACAUUCUUGUUCACACCUGGGACUUUGCGCAAAACACGUGAAUGGAGAAAUAACCACGGGGCAAAGACGAGAUGUUUUUUACUGCAAACAUCCCCUCUCGAUCGGCUGUCCACCACGUCCACGAUCCGCCGCUGUUUUCCUCCUUUUGCGUCACUGAGCAGCGCUAAUGGAUUCUGAAAAAGACGUGGAUGAAGGGGAGUUGUGUGCAGUUGUGUCUGGAUGUAGGACGCUCGUGUUUGUGCUUGACUCAGGUCUUAAUGAACGCGCGUGAAUCCGGGAUGAGUUUGACUGUGUGGUCUCUGAGCUGUCGUGAUGGACCAGUCUGUUACUACAGCCCUGCAGGCCAAUGGCACUCACCACCACCCCAGCACCCUCUCACCUCUCCUACCCAGGGUGGUCUCCAUAGUUACCAGCCUGGUCACAGCCACCACAGAGGGCACAGCAGUGACCCGGGGCAACCAGUCUGACCUGAGCGACCUGAACCAUGCCCGCCUCCCUCCCACACCCUUCACCCCCCUGAGCGCCGCCGAAACCAACUCCAUCCUCCGGGGAAUCGCCGUAGCAGCGCAGGCCCUCAUCCUUCUCUCCAUCUUCCUCCUGUCCAGUCUGGGAAACUCCGCCGUGGUCAUCGUCAUCAUCAAACACAGGCAACUCCGCACAGUAACCAACGCGUUCAUAAUGUCACUUUCUUUAUCGGAUUUCCUCACCGCUGUACUAUGCCUACCCUUUUCCUUCGUUAUGCUUUUCAGUAAAGAUGGCAUUUGGAUGUUUGGGGACCGAUUUUGCGUCGCCAAUGGGUUUUUCAACACGUGUUUUGGUAUCAUUUCUACUCUUACAAUGACUUUAAUAUCUUUUGAUAGAUACUACGCCAUCGUGAGGCAGCCUCAAGCUAAAAUCGGAAGACAAAAAGCAACUCAGCUCCUCAUAGCGGUUUGGUUAACUGCGGUAAUAUUUUCUCUACCUUGGUAUUUGCUUGUUCGAACUCCAACUGAAAUCCACAAAAGAGGUUUCUACCAUUGUAUGUAUGUUUUCCACUCUGGGACUUCGCGAAUGGGGACAGCCUACAGCAUCAGUCUUAUAGUAAUCUGCUAUCUACUACCUUUUUCUCUUAUGUGUUUUUGCCAUUAUAACAUUUGCAAGACAGUCCGACUUUCUGAAAUUCGCGUUCGACCUGUUACUACUUAUGCAUACUUGUUGCGUUUUUACAGUGAGAUGCGAACAGCUACUACAGUUUUGAUCAUGAUCGUUUUUAUAAUUUUCUGUUGGGGGCCAUAUUGUUUGAUGGGACUUGUCACCGCGAUGGGGAAUUAUACUUUCAACCCAGCAAUGGACACAGUCGCGAUUUGGCUAGCGUGGGCAAACGGAGCUAUAAACCCACUAAUUUACGCUUUGAGAAAUCCAAAUAUUUCAAUGUUACUUGGAAGAAGCAGAGAGGAGGGAUAUCGGACCAGAAAUAUAGCGGCGUAUUUAUCAAGCCACAACCAGAACAGAGAGAUCAGGUUAAAUCAAGCAGAGAGAAUAAGAGACAGAUAUGUUAGCAGAGUUGGAGUGAACAACAAUAGUCGUUUGUCCAAUUCUAGUCCAGGGAAGGGAGGAGGAGGAGGUGGAGGAGAGGUGGCGAUGUGGGCGUGUAAGAACCCUGCUGUGUUUUUCUGUAGAGACGCUCAGCCUGACACCGCCACUGUGGCCAACUCUGUGAGCGGUCCCAAGAACAAGACCGCCGACACUUCUCUGUGACAUUCAGAGAGAUGCAUACCCUGUGAAGAUACUUUAGGAAGAAUGGAGUUUGUGUUUUUGUGUUGAAGUCUCCAUUUUAAAGUUAUAUGGACAUUUGGUAACACUUCUAACAACAACACACUUAUUAAAGAAAGUACUUUUUAUAGAGUGUUUUUAUUAUGUAACAGUUAUUAAUAAUAUCUGUCAUUAUUUUAAAUACAUUAGCCGAGCCACUGUGCUCUUAUGCCAUACGACCAGAUAAACGGAAGAAUUGUAUCAGGGAGGCCAUCCUGGGCAUCUUUUCCCAAAGUUUAAAGGUGCAUUAUUUAACUUUUUUGUUGGAGGAUCCCUGGAGAUUGCUUGGCUGGAAUGUUCCACAGUAAGGAAUUAAAUGUCUUUAUCUUUCAUUAAUUAUGUGGAGUACGUUACAUGGCUAGCACUAAUUCUAUAUGGCAUGAUCUACUUGUCUCCAUAGAGACUGAUGUGUUUAAUGCCCUACUGUAGAAUAUUCUAGAUGAAGCAAUAUCAUCUCCAUAGAGACAAGCAGAAAGUGCAUCAUCCUCCAGAUAAAGUUACAGAUUCCACCUUUAAGAAGUGUAUGGAUGAAGGUGAACAGGGCUGUGAAGAAAAAUAACUAGUUAGUGCAAAGAUGAGAAGUUUUACUACAGUAGCCAUGUUUUUCAUUAAUCUAGCAAAAAAUUAAAUUCGCCAUUGGUAAAUAAAUUUAAUUAUCUUUUGAGAAUUAUUUUAUUUUGGUAGAUUUUAAAUAGUUUAUACAUGUAGAAAUACUACAAACAUGCAGAGCUCCUCUCACUCAAUGUAGGUAUAACAAAAGCACAUAUCCAUAUCUAAAAUAUGCUACGCAACAAUUGGGGUAUAAGCUGUAUGUGAUGAACAAAGAGCAGAGUGAACGAUCCAAUAAUAUAUUACAAUAAUAAUGAAAUGUAUAUUUAUUUUAAAUAGAGACCAAAAGUAUUACUACUGAAAUAGCACAGGUAUCCUUACUUAAUGAUGUGAACUGUGUCAAAAUAAUUCCCAUAAAAUUUUAAACAAUAAUUUAAAAAACUUUUUUAUAAGUGGUGAAGCAUGUGGGGAAUGGAUGAAAUAAAGAGCAGUGCCAAAAAGCAAUUAUGUGAUGUAAAUGUUGAUGUUCUGCCGAUAUGGGUCAUGUCUGUUUUUACAAAAGCCAAAAUUGUUUUUAAAAAUACAAAAAUUUGAUUAGUUUAUUUAGAUAAACCCAUUUAUGUCCAUUGUUAGUUUGUGGUCAAAUUUUUAGAUUGUAUUAUU